AGAAGAGGACAGGCUGCACACAUGUUCGUUUCCGGGGUCAGUCCGCACGCUGCCAGACUGUAAACACAGGUUACUGUCAGAUUCAAAGAAGAAUUGGUAACAUUGGGCUAUGAGGUGGUGUUUUUGUUGAGGCUCAGAGAAGCACAGACAUGAAGAACAGAGGUGGUGGCUAUGUGGACGGUCGGCUCAGACAGAGAGUGGAGCAGUAUUUGUCAACCUGCACCAGUCAGUAUGUGGACCUGUCAGCCAUGGCCCUUGAACUUCAAAAACAGUACAGAAUGGAGUAUGGCAGGAGAAACAAGACAGCUUUCAGGAUACAGGUGGAGAGAGUGUAUGAAGCAAUCACAAAGGAGUCCGGGCUGAAUGAUCUAGAGAGCAAACACUUGGCUAAGAGGGCCAAGCACAGCCACAAUGACACUGGUGAAGGCAGCAGCAGCAGCAACUCAGAGGAGUCUUCUGACAGUGACGACCAAAUUCUGGAGAACACUCCCACCAACCAUAUGAACAGCUCUCUUACAUCUCUCUACCGGAAGGGACAGCCUGACUCCAACACGUCGUCACCCAGGAGAGAUCAGUCUGCUGCCAGCGUUCCUCCCAGCGCAGCCAGCCUCCCUCCCAGCGCAGGGACACUGGUUUCCACAGGAGGCUGGUUCAUUGAUAGAGGCAGAGGCCCUGAGAAGAGCAACAUCUUCAUCGACCUGUGUGAAGAGGAGCCAACGAAUACAGCAACAAAUCAGACUGAUGUAUCCAUGCUGGAGCCUGAGAAAUAUCCCAAAAAGACAAAGAAAAGGACAAAGGGCUCUGCUGAAACUACAGAGUCUCGCACCCUGAAUAAAAAAGCAAAGUCAAAGUCACUAGAGCUGCAGUAUCCCACACUGAAGUUUGAAGAUGUAGGAGGUAAUGAAGAGACGUUGACGGACGUGUGUAAGCUACUGAUCCACAUGCGACACCCAGAGGUGUACCAGCAGCUGGGAAUGGUUCCUCCAAGGGGCUUUCUCCUCCAUGGACCUCCUGGCUGUGGAAAGACCCUGCUGGCCCAGGCUGUGGCCGGGGAGCUGGAGCUGCCCAUGCUGAAGGUGUCUGCUCCGGAGCUGGUGUCAGGAGUGUCUGGAGAGUCUGAACAGAAGCUCAGAGAGCUGUUUGACCUGGCUGUGAGCUCUGCCCCGUGUAUCCUGUUCAUAGAUGAGAUAGAUGCCAUCACGCCCAAGAGAGAGGUUGCUUCUAAAGACAUGGAGAGGAGGAUUGUAGCCCAGCUGUUAACCUGCAUGGACGAUUUGAACAGUUUGACAGUGAUGGCUCAGGUCCUGGUCAUCGGUGCCACUAACAGGCCGGACUCCCUGGACCCGGCCCUCCGCAGAGCGGGACGCUUUGACAGAGAAAUCUGCCUGGGUAUCCCUGAUGAAGCAGCUCGUCUCAGGAUCUUGAAGACAUUGUGUCGAAAGCUCAAGCUGCCGGAAGACUUUGACUACCAGCAGCUGGCCCGGCUCACCCCAGGCUACGUGGGCGCAGAUCUCAUGGCUCUGUGCCGAGAAGCUGCCAUGAGUGCUGUCAACAGGGUUCUGCUGGAAUUAAGAGGACAGAGCCAGAGCUCUAGUACAGAGCUAUUAACAAACAGUGUUCAGACUGAGACUGUUAUGAUGGAGGGAGAGGUCAGAGAGCAGCAGCCAACAGAUAUAAACCCAGAACCUCAGGAAGAGUCGGGGCAGAAUCACGUGGAGCAGGGGGAGCUGUGGCACCUGCUGCAACUGCUGAAGAACACGGAGACGCUGUCAGAGGAAGAGCUGGCCGGCCUGUCCAUCCUCAUGUCAGACUUCAAGGCCUCUCUAGCCAGUGUCCAGCCCUCAGCCAAGAGGGAGGGCUUCGCCACCGUGCCAGAUGUCACGUGGGAGGACGUGGGAGCCCUGCAGGACAUCAGAGAGGAUCUCACCAUGGCCAUACUGGCUCCGGUGCGUUCUCCAGAGCAGUUCAAGGCUCUGGGACUCAGCGCCCCAUCUGGUGUGCUGCUGGCUGGACCUCCAGGAUGUGGAAAAACUCUGCUGGCCAAGGCAGUGGCCAAUGAGUCAGGCCUCAACUUCAUCUCUGUCAAAGGUCCAGAGCUGCUCAACAUGUAUGUUGGAGAGAGUGAGCGGGCUGUCAGGCAAGUCUUUCAGAGAGGACGCAACUCUGCUCCAUGUGUCAUCUUCUUUGAUGAGGUUGAUGCUCUGUGUCCUCGCCGCUCAGGCCAUGAGUCAGGAGCCAGUGUGCGGGUGGUCAACCAGCUGCUCACAGAGAUGGACGGCUUAGAGACACGGCGGCAGGUCUUCAUCAUGGCUGCAACCAACAGACCAGAUAUCAUUGACCCUGCCAUACUGAGGCCAGGUCGCCUGGAUAAAACCUUGUAUGUGGGUCUGCCGCCUCCAGCAGACCGCCAUGCCAUCCUGCUCACAAUAACCAAGGGAGGGACCAGACCUCAGCUGGAGCAGGAUGUCUGUCUUAAAGAGAUCGCCUUCGACGAGCGCUGUGACUGCUUCACUGGAGCUGAUCUGACUGCAUUAGUGAGAGAAGCAUCUGUGAACGCCCUGAGGGCCUACAUGAAGUCCCAGCAUUCCUCAGCUUCUUCUCCUGGUCACUCGUUCUCCUCCGGCUCUGUCACUGACAUCAAAGUGAGCAAACACAACUUUGAUGAUGCCUUUAAGAAAGUUCGUCCAUCUGUGUCCAAAAAGGAUCAGAAGAUGUACGAGCAGCUCAGAGAGUCCCUCAGCAGAUAACAUCGAGACCAGAACCAAAGACGUCACCAGCAACAGUUGAACUCUGACUUUAGUUAGGGGUGAAUAAUUAAAUGUCAUUUAUGUAUACACAUUUUAUUAUUAUACCUGCUUUUAUAAUAAAAAGUGUGUAGAAACCAAA